CAAAGCUUGGUGUACCUUGAUCUUUUGUUCGGGUGCUCCAGAGUGUUCCAGACGUUAGCAGAUUAUAGCACAAUUUUGUUUGAAGCCAGAUAAUUCUAACAUUUUACACAACUCGAAAGAUAUCAUACUUUUUUAUGCAUUAAAGACGAAAGAUGGCAGAUAACAAUGAAACUGCACAAAACAAGAUGAACAAAGAUGGUGGUGGCAGCAGUGAGAAUGGCGAUUGUUCAACAUCCCAGAAUGGCAGUAAUCUGGAGGAGGAGGCCAAGAAGCGACGCACUCGCACACCGAGUCCAAACUCCCCAGACAAUGGACAUCCUCAAUUCACUGUUCCAGCGUCACCGCCAAAAUUUAUUACAUUUGAGCAAUUGAUGGCUGCAGCUGAUGGUGUUGAAAAAAUGAAGUUGGCUCAUGAGAUUGUGGUUAACGGUGACUUCAAGCUGGAACCAUCCAGUCACAAAGCUGAUAGCUUCCAGAAACAAGUCUCGGAUAUUGUUCACAAAGCCUUCUGGGAUUGUCUGAAAGUAAAGUUGGCAGAGGACCCACCAGAUUACAGUCAGGCACUGGAGUUGAUUAAAGAAGUUAAACAGGUUGUGUUUUCACUGCUUCUACCACAACAUGCUCGUUUCCGUGCUCAAAUUGAUGAAAUUUUGGAUCUUGAUCUGAUCAAACAGAAAAUCGACAAUGAUGCAUUUGAUAUAUACUACUAUUCCAACUAUGUAAUUGGAGUAAUGGCCAGACUGUGUGCCCCUAUCAGAGACGACCAAAUUGCUGCUCUUAAGGAAAAGAAAGAAAUCAUCCCACUGUUCAGGGAGAUAUUUUCUGUGUUGGAUCUAAUGAAGAUGGACAUGGCCAACUUCACGAUUCAGCAGAUGAGGCCAUAUCUGCAACAACAGUCUGUGGAAUACGAGCAGACCAAGUUCAAAGAGUUUCUUAAAACUCAGGAAGAAAAUGGCAUUGAUGGUCUUCAAUAUACAAAGAUGUGGUUGAAGAGAAACUUUGAAAAACUCUACCACCAGGAACAGACCUCCAUAGCAGGUGCUUCGGGCUCCAAUGCCACCCCAGCAUCCAUUAUGAAUGAAGCAUACAUGGAACUGUUACAGUGGGAUCAAGAAAAACAGCUCUUUCCGGAGACAUUGCUAAUGGACCAGCUUCGCCUGAACGAGCUGCAGAAAGACAUUGGCCGUCUGUCUCUGAUAGCCUCCAUCCUGCUGAUCACGUACAGCACUGUCGGUGAGUCCAUCGCUGGCAUCAAGGACCUCAAGGCGGUCCUCAAGUCACACAUCACCACUAUACUGGAGGACGUGUCAGAAGCUGGCGUAAAGACCCAUAUUUUGAAUGUUGGAGAACAGGUGAAGAAGGAGGUGAACAACAGCCUUCUAGAACAUGGCUUCCCCAUCUUGUCAGAGUCCGUUCAGAAGGCCCUAGUGGGUCAGAUUACGGAAAUGUCAUCUACACAGCAUCCAGUUCAUCAGCUGAUGUUGACCCGUGUACUGUCGUUCAUCAAAGAGUCGAUCAUUUCCCAACAGGUCCAGUCUCUGAAAGUUCCGGUCGGCUUCUCUGCUGUGGAAUGCGAGUUGACCAAACACCUGGGAAACUUCCUCCGUCUCAUUUCUCACAACAGAUCGGUCUUCGGUGCAUACUAUGCAGACAUUAUUAGCACGCUGCUUAGCAAGCAGCAGGAUCUGUCUCCAGCAUAAUGUUAGAGAGAACCAGUCAUUGGGCUUUUGUGACAGAAUUCAUCGGCUCCACCAUGCUUCUAAACUAGCCAGAGUGUUGGACCAGAUAUGUUCGCAAGAAAUGUAUACACUGAUCCACGUAAUGGAAAUUGUUUAUUACAAAAAUAUAUAUUUAUGUAUAGAAGUAAUUACAACAUGUAAAGGACCAAUUAUGUAAUGUUAUUAUUGCUAAAGAAUCCUUCCCAUCCAAUACAAACAGAAAUUUGAAUAAUGUUGGUUAAAUUAAGACAGGGAAAUGGUGGGAGGUGUUGACAAGUGCUAUGUAAUUUUAAAGUGUGAAGUGGAUUAGUCUUGGAAAUACAUUUAUACGGUGGUGUGACUUUGCAUUUCAUGAUUGUUGAACAACUUUGAAGACUUUAUGCUUAAACUGGACAGAAAGGGAAAGGAAUAUUUGUUACUGAUAUGUCGGCAUAAUUUGGAGUACAGCAGUUUAGCACGAUUAGUGUUUUUCUUUAAUUAAAUUUAUGCAGUGACAUAUGUGCAAGAAUGCCUAUGAAUUUGGUCCCAAAAACACAGUGAUUGAUUUUUCUCUCUAAGCAUUACUGCUUUAUACCAAGAAUACCUGAAGUUCUGUUUUUGUGGUGAGAGCUACGAAGUUACUGUAAUUACUAAACCAUAUGGUGAGGUCGACUGAAGUUUAAGAUUACUAGUGAUAACGAGUGAGCAUGACGGUUUAAUGUAGUUAUUACAACUGUAGCAAAGUGUUGGGUAUAAUUAGCGUAGCUAGAAGUAUAGUACAUGUCAUUUUAGCUGAGUCUCCAACAGAACUGUUUUGAACAAGUUUAUGAUGUUAUUUCAAAUAUUUAACAUUAAUAUACAUAUUCUUGUGCACAUCUUUUAAAAUGUUGAGUAAAAUGUUGAGUGAUGUAUUAAUGUGGUAUAAAACGAUAUUAAUGAUGCUAAAUCCUUGUUGAUGCUACAAGUUAACUGAAUAUUUAACAUCUGUCAUUGUUAUAUAACUACCAGUUGCUCUCAGCCACAGAAACUUGCUAUAUAUAGUUCCCCUCUAUAUUCAUCAUCAUCAUCAUCAAUCAUAACUAUAUAUAUAUAUAAUAUGUAAACCAUAAUUUAUAUGUCACUGAGGGUUUGGAUGGGUGGGGAAAAUAUUUGAUACCUGUCCUGUGCUCUUAUCCAAUUAUUACAUGAUGGACAUGAACAUUACAGUAUUAAAACAGUCUACAUUUAUAGUUACUAUAAAAAAAUAAAUUGUGACAACACCUUUUUUUAAUUAAUGGAUUAUGAUGUGGUCAUGUAAUGAUAUAAUACAGUAAUUACUUGUUUCUUUUGUAUUUGAAUACAGACUGUUUCCAUCUGAAAGGUUGGAGAUAUUUGUUUACUAAUUGUGAUAAAGCUUUUUAAAGUUUUUUAAAGUUUUUUAAAACAUAUUUAUUCAGGUCUUUUAUUUUGUUUUUAUUAUUAAUUAUAUUAUUAUUAUUAUUAUUAUUAUUAUUCACUAAUAAAACCACUAUCUUACUAAUAAUACAAAAUAUGUAUGAAGCAGUUAGUGUAGUACGCACAACAUAUGUAUAAAUAUAAAUGUAUGUAAUUUGUUUACUUUUAGCAAACAUAUUUGUAGCCUGAAUUCUCCUUUUUAUUCUUGAUAUUUUGUACUUUGUUAACUUGGAAGUAAUCUUUUUGUUUUUGUUUUGAAAAUAUAUAAUGUAUAUAUUACAGCCAACAUUAAUAAUUCUAGUUUAAAAUACAACGUUGCUUCCAUUUUGAAUGAACUAUAUCAAAUAAAAUCCCAUAGACAACAAUGUUAAUGUAUGUGGCCAAAAAUACUAUAUACAAUAUAUCAAACGGACCAUGACCCAUAAAUAUGAAUUCUGCAUCACCUCCCAAUGAGUAUUAACUGCAGAAAGUGGAACUUUUCAUGGCUCAUUUUUGAUGGAACCGAAUGUCUUUGAUUUUUAAAAACACUAAGUGUCAAAUGGCAGGUUUCGAACCUACUACACUGAUUCUGAUAUAAUUUCACUCAAAAUUAUUAUACCUAGUUUAUACUUAGUUUUACAAAUUCCACAUGACUUGACUGGAUACUGGAUGAAAUAAAACUGCAUACAUUUAUUACCCAGAUAAAUGGUCAGAUUUAUGACCAAUGACACAACUGGUAGUAUUAACUGUGCUAUCAGUAGUUAGGUCUACAUGUAAUUCAAAAUUUUACCCAGUUGUAAGUUUUGGUAUAGUGCUAUGUUCCUGUAGUUCUGUUCACAAAUAGGAUUUUUCGGUCAAAUCGUGAAGAUAAUACACUUUAUUUUUUAGAGAAAAUAAGUACUAAAACAAAAAUAUCCAAGUUUAUUAUUAUUAUCAAAUUAAAAAGUUUAAAUGGUUAUACAUGUUGGUCAGAUUUAAUACAGUGUAUGUUAUAUUUUGUGCUGGACAUUUUGUGUACAUUCCUCCUACAAAUAUUUGUGCAGUAGCAUUCAUAAACAGCCACUUUCUACCCCAGUAUGUUUGCAGCUAUGAAAUACAUAUAAUUUAAUACAUAUAUGAAGAAUGUGGUUACGUUUCUGAUUUAUUAUUUAUUUGAUUAGGUCCAUCAUUGUUCUACUAUACAUGGAACAAUGUAGUUAAGUACCAUGCAUAAAGUUAUCUAUCAUGCAAAAAACUAGAUGAAUUUUUCAUAUAAUUAUUUUUAAAAUGGCAGCAUACCUUUUAUCUUUCAUAAUAUGAAAUAUAUCAAGUACUUUAAAACAAUAUAUAUUAACAUUCAUAUAAUAAUUAUAUGGCAACAUUUUGUGAGUUGCUCUAUAAAACAUAGCUUGUUACAUUUUCCUAAUAUUUAAUACCAUUAAUGUUGUAUAUGACUUCAAAUGAAUCAUCUUAACAUUAGAAAAACCACAAAUUAUAUAUUAAUUUUUGGUACAUACUGUUAAAUAUUUGCAAUUUCUCAUAUUAAAAUUUACCUAAUCAUUUUGCUUAGAACAGUCAUUACAAACAACAAAAAAUAAAACCCCACAAAAGGUUCAAGUCCUUAAGUCAUUCUACUGAAAAAAAAAGAAAAAAGUGAAAGCAGAUAACCAGCAUUGUAAAUAAGAUGGUGAACAGUUUAAGGAAUACAAACAAACAAUAAUUAUUUCUGUUAUUAACAUGUGCCUCUGUGCUAAUCAUUAAUAGUGAUGAUGAAUGAUCACACACAAUAAUAACACUUACAAUGUAGAUCAUUAUAUUUGGGUAUACUGAUACUGAUAAUAUUUAAAUGAUAAACUAUGAAUGCAUUUUUACCAAGCUGCUUGAACGGUUUGUGACAAAGAAUAACUCGUCUUUAUUUUUGAAAGUGAAAAUGUUUUUUCAUUUUUGUUCUUUUCUUAUUUGAAUGAUUAUAAUUUAAGUCUAAGUGCUAAACCUUUAUUUUUAUUUUUUGUGAUGAACAAACAAACAGAAAAAACAACAACAUUGUUAGGUUAUUUUGCAAGUUUGUGUGUGUGUACAACGUAUUAUGGUCACUGAAUAUAGUACAGGUGGGGUAAACACAAUACAAGCUAGACAGGCAUCUUACAACAACUUGUGUCACUAAUACCAAGAACUUUCAAUAAAGAAAAAUAUCUAUCUUUUUAUAUCAGUUUAUUUGAAAGAAAACCCAAACAAACCAUAUGUAUAUUAAUAAAUAUAUAGUUACAUUUUAAAUGCUAUAUAUCUAUUGGUAAGCAUUGAUUUCAUGGGCAGAGUAUUGAAAUUUGUAUACUUUUUUCUAUUGAUUUUAAUGUUACUCACUUUGUUCUUCACCGAUUUAUAAUAACUUAAAUUAUGCACAUUUAUAAUGGAUUGAAAAAUAAAUGUACCUGCAAUAUUUCUAACUAAUCUUUGUAAUAUUUUACCACUUUGUAAAUUUCAGAUUCAGAUUUAAAAUAAUUGGUCAUAACAGUUAAAGUGAAUUUUAGUGAAUUGUUUGUUAGAUAACAUUAAAAUAAAAUGUAUUAUGUUUUUACCUUUAUGUUAACAUCUAUCUCAACUAUUACAUUUUUAUUGUUUUGUGAUGUUUUACUGCUUAGUCCUUUUUGUAUAUAUUAUGUAAUUAUGUAGUAGUUUGCAAAUAAUGCAUGAAAACUUAAAACUACUGGCAACUAUAAAAUAUUAUCAUGAAGGCUAAUAAAACACUAGGAAUUAUAGAUAUUGCAAAUCUCAUCCCCAUUUCUACAGUAGGCGUUUAUAUGUUGUGAAUUAUUCUGAAUCUCUCGUAGAAAAUAUUAAGUUAGUCACUUUUUAAAGUUACAAUUUCAAGUUAUCAUUUUUCAUAUUUCUUUUCCAAAUAGUCAUGUGGGUUUUUUUUACUGAUAUUUUUGUUUAUGUUCAUCUUUACAUAUAUUAAUAUUUUGGUUUAAAAAUAUUUUGUCUUAAAAAUAAAUAAUAUUUUACCGUAAUUUGAAUGUACAGCAAGGAAAUAUAACAACUGAUUUUGUUUAAACUUAACUGUUUUUUACAAAAUAUGCUGGAUUUACCCUGGACUUAUUUAUUAUAGUACUAUAACUUAAUAUAUUCUUUGAACUCUUUAGCAGGCUAGAGAAUGGUUGAUCAAGUUACGUAGUAGUGUAUAGAAGGCUAGUUAAAAAUAAAUGACUGGUAGAAAACCCUGAUGUAGAAAUGCUAUUCAAAUAGAUGUUUGUUUGCAUUCAGGCAUGUAGGGUUAUUGAAAGACUAUUAAAUUAUUUUUGGUUGAAGAUAUCAAUUAGAAUGAUUGGGAAGACAAAUUCUAAGGCAAUAAUGUUAUUAUUUCUGUUUGUCAGUUUGUUGUAUUUCUUUUCUUAUUAGCUGUGUUUUGUUUUUGUUUUGUUCACCCAACAAUUACUGACAGGAGAUACUAGCAAAUUGGGUUAAUAUAUUCAAUAUUUGUUAUGUUAGUAUAUUUUCAUUAUAAAUAGUUAUACUUAGUUUUGUCUGUAGUCUUUGUUAAGUUAAUUUCUUUAUUUCAUCACUGUCGCCAAUAUCCAUAUUUACAUGGAUACCUUAGUGAAUAUUGUAUUCAACAAGAUAAGAAGACCAGAUAUAUCCACAUAGCUUUGCAUUUAUGAUUUUCCUGGCUGAUAAACCUUGUUUUUAACCUACGAUUGAGCAGAUGUUCCAGUUCAUUAUUUGAAUAUCAGUAUACAGUGGCGGAUCCAGAAAAUCCAUUUAGGGGGGUCCCAGUGACAUGAGGUGGAAUGAAAAUGAAUAUAUAAUAAAAUUAUAACUAUCGCAAAAUUUAGGGGGUUGCCGAGCCCCUGGGGCCCCCCUAGAUCCGCCUCUGGUAUAGUUUACGAUUUUGGUUAACCUUUCUUUAAACUCGGUUUUUGUUACAUAUCAUUUGUCACAUAUUUCAGAACAUUUUGCCUUAAUGUACCAAUAUUUUAAAUGUAAAAUGAUUACCAGUGCAUUGCCAAAAGCAAUUUACCAUGAUCUAUAUUAGAUGCUUUUGUUUUCUUUUUUAAGGUUUUAAUCUCUCAAACAUUGUUUUAUCCAUAGUUAUACCAUUUAGGAAGGCCAGUUACUUUAGUUACAUCACUCCAACCAAAUUAGAUCUUGAAUACUUCCUUGUGUGUAUAGCCUGCAGCAAUCUAUAUUUAAUGUUUGAAACAAGUGUCAUGGUGGACUAUAAACCUACAUACAGUAUCUUGCUGGGGGGUUUCCACGAAGUACUUGCAAUCAUCAUUUCAUGCUUGAGUGUCUUUAACAUGAUGUACACUAGUAUUUCAUGCUUCAGUGCUUUGGAUGCAUUUACCUUUUCUUUUUUUUCUUCUCUGGUACAAAUUAUUAAUAACUGAAGUAAAACACAGAUUCAUCUUGCUUGUGACAGUACAGUGUUCUUAAUUAGUUUGUUUACCAAUAUAUAAUUGGUUAUGAUGGUUUCGUUAUACCACAACAACCACAUCAAACCUUUGGUUCUAUCUUUUCCUGGUCUGCUUGUUUAUUUGUUGCAGUUAAUUAAUUAUGAUUAUGAAUUAUGAUUUUAAGAUAUUUCACUGUUCAGUGUUGGCAUUAAUUUUAUAUGCGGAAUAAUUAUUUCAGUAAUUGCAUAUGAACCUGCAUCAGAAACAAUUAUUUGAAAAUGUAUUGAUUUGUAUAAUAUUACCGGUAGUAUAUACAAGAAUGUCCCUAUUACGCUACUUGUAUAUUGAUAUUUACUUAUGUAAUAUGCACAUAAAGGAAUACAUGUUCUUUAAAAUA